CGUCCAUGGCGCCCAUGACGAAAUAAUCAGGUAUGAGCGUAUGCGGACGAUAGACAAGACGCGUGCGGACACGACGAGCUGCAGCGGGGUGUGUGGAACGAGCUGUGGGCUGCACGAAGUCGCCUCAAAGUGCAGCGCUGAUCCUACUGGACGCUGUCGAGCUUUUGCGGGUCUUACGUGGCGAUCACAGGGGGCAGACGGAUGGAUCGCUUUAGACGGGGAAUUUUCCAAGAGAUGGGUACAGCGACGAUUCAACGAUCGUACUUACUGAGACGAUACACGGUACGUCAGCUUCAACCACAAUAUUCGAUUAACCGCCAAUCAGAGCGUGGAAUUCCAUCGAACUUGUCACACGACUAACACACCAUAAUCGGCAUCGACCUCCCCCUCCUCGACCUUCGUCUCCAUGGGCUUCUGCGGCGAGUGCGGCUCUUAUCUGGCCCCGGAUCUACAAGGGGCCUUCUGUCCUGAAUGCGGUGAAGCAAUUCCUGGCGCAGCGCCGGCCGCGCCAGCGCCCGCGCGUCACGUGACAUUCGCUCCAACUCCGGACAUGGAGAACGCUCGGCAAUCACGCGAAGCGGCCGAGCGGCGCGCUCAGGACGCCAAAACGUAUGCGGAUGUCAGUCAACAGGAAGCAGCCAAUGCGAUCGCGCAGUACGAAGCUCAACAGCGCGCGCAGGUGGAGGCCCAAGCAGCACGAGACAAUGAAGCCCGCUCUUUUGCAGCGGAGAAUGAACGACGCGCAAUUGACGCGCAGCGGGACGAGGCCGCGCGUCGUCGUGAGGAGGCAGAGCGCCAGGCUCAAGAUGCUCGCGACCGCGCUGAAGCCAUGAGGCUCUCGGCUCAGAACGCGAUCUCGGACUACGAAGCGCAGCAACGCGCAGCCGUGGAGCGCGAGAAUGCGCGUAGACAACAGGAACUCGAGACCCAGAGACAGCAGCAUCUGCAGGUGGCACAGGCGGCCAAACAACGCCGUGAAGAUGCCGAGAGACUGGCUCAGGAGAAGCUAGCAAGGGCCGAAAGACUGCGUGCUGAAGCACAAGCUGCGCAGGAGGAGCUGAAGAAGCAGGAAGCCAAACGUGUUGCCAAGGAGAAGCAGAGGGAGGAGGCCAGAAGACUGCGAGAGGAACAGGCUCGACGUGAAGAAAACCGACGGAAGGCCGAAGAAGAAGCGCACAAGGCAUUUGAGGCUAAACGACAAGAGGAACAGCUGCGUCAAGAAGCCAUGAGACUUUCUACCAUGUCGGUAUCGUCGACAGGCUCCGGUACGUCCACGCCAGCCCCGACGUCCAGCGCCUGUGCGAACUGCAAGGCUGCGCUUAAGCCUGCGCAGAAAUUCUGUCUGCAGUGCGGCACCAAGGUCGCUGCGCCUGCUCUGACACCCAGUAACAGCUUCUCGUCGCCCGCGCUGACUCCUGCCAACAGCUUUUCGUCUGCUCCGUUGCAACGUACGAACUCUUCAGCAUCCAACUCGUCGUCUUCGUCGCUUCCUGGCGGCGAGCACAGCUGUGCGUCGUGCCAUUUCACACUCAAAGCGACACAAAAAUUCUGUCCAAAGUGCGGUACGAAGGUCGCUGCUGCUACUGCUCCGGUUCCAGUCAUGGCGCCAUCGCCUACGUCUUCUGUCAGCUCAGCGUCGUCAUUCUCUGCACCGGAUUCAGUCCCGACAGCCCCUAGCGCUUGCUCCAAGUGCAGCCAGCCACUGAAACCCACCCAGAAGUUCUGUCUCCACUGCGGGACCAAGGUGGCACCGGCUGCCGCGACUCCCAGCUUGUCGUCCUCGUCUUCGUUCUCGUCGGGUUCCUCGUACACAUCCGUGCCGCUGCCUGCGCCGAUCCCAACGUCCGGAUCGUGGUCCGCGCCGUCGCAGCCGGGUACCAAGAACUGCCCCACGUGCAACAAGGAAUGCAAGUCCACGGCCAAAUUCUGCAUGGGCUGCGGCUUUAACUUUGCCAAGAGCGACGAAGAAGAAGUCGCACGUAACAUGGAGGCGGCGCGUCUGCGUCAGCAGCAGAUCCGCGACCGUGAGCAGCAGCAACGCAACCAGGCCUCCCUCAUGGCCAACCAGGCUGCACAGGCCUACCAGCCGUCCUGGUAAGUGACUCACGAUGGAAAUGUUCCACGGUGUAGAUAAGCAAUUCAGGAGCGACCAGCAAUCUCGAGAAUAAAUCAAAGUUCAAGCUACACGAUAGUGGUCUAUUCAAGCCUGUUUGGUGUCGUUGGGCUUCUGAUCUUGUUGCUGUUGCUGUUGCUGCUCCUGCGCGAUCUGCGUCAGGUAAAUCUUGUAGUUGAUGUCGUACUCGGUGUCGACCGGUUCGUCGUCUGGGUACGCGUACGCCGUGCCAUCGCCAUAGUAGUAAUAAGCUCCCUCCUCAUGGUUGUUGUCAUAAUACGCCUGAUCUUCGUAGCCGUACGGCGCGUACUGGUCCCCAUACACCUCCGUUUUCUGAUUUUCUGCGUCUUUUGAC